AUGGUCCGGGGUGUAGUGACUAUGGAGCGAGUGGAGUCGUUCACAGCGGCUCAUCGUCUUCAUUCGAACCAACUAAGUGCUGAAGAGAACGUAGCAACAUAUGGAAAAUGCAACAACCCAAACGGACACGGGCAUAAUUACGUGUGGAAGGUUAAACUUCGCGGGAUUCCUGAUCCCGUAACAGGAAUGUUGUAUGAUUUGGCUCAGUUGAAAAAAGACAUGCAAGUGGUACUGGACACUGUUGAUCAUAAAAACCUCGAUAAAGAUGUUGAAUGGUUUCAGCACAAUGUGAGCACAUCAGAAAACGUGGCCAUCUAUCUAUGGGAGAAGCUUCGCGUACAAAUGAAAACGCCAAAGAUGCUUUACAAAGUGACUGUUGAAGAGACACCAAAGAAUAUCUUCACCUACAAAGGCGAAAUCUAA